AUGACUACGUUAAAACGAAAGCGGUUGUCGCUUCGCGAAAAAGUUGACAUUUUAAAUUACCGUAAAAACAUUGGAAACGUAGGAAUUCGGGCACUCGCAGAAAAGUUUCAAGUUGGAAAAACACAGAUCGCGGAUAUUGUGUCUAACACAGAAGAAAUUUAUAAAGCGUGGGUUGAAAAUGGAAAUGAAGAAGGAAAAACCUAG